AUGGCGGGAUACGAUACGAUCGGCGGCUUCGCGCCUUUUUCGCCGAAGGUGGACACGCGCACGGCCGUCGCCGUCCUCCUCCUCCUCCUCCCGUCCGUCGGCGGGACGCUCGGUGAGUCGUGCCAGGGCAAAUGCGGGCAAUCGUUAGGCCGCUGUUCGUGCCGGGCGACGUGCGCGUCUCUGGCGCGCUGCUGCCCGGACUACAAGGAAUUCUGCGUGGAAUUCUCCCCGCAGUCGGGAUCCAUUUUGGGCGGCACCGAUUUCCUGGUGCUGCACGCGACUUUCAACCGAAGUGACCUGAUCGUGUGCAAGUUCGACGACGGCGUCACCACGACGGGCUACGUGGACGAAGCGGAAGGAGGCCACUGCAUCUCGCCGCUGUUGUAUCAAAGCGGCUGGGUCCCCGUGCGAGUCUCCUCCAAUCACGGCAUCGCGUACGACCGCGUCGGCUCCUGGCUGGCGGUGCAUACUGGCAAGUUGGACGCCAAGCUCAAGGCGCAUUUGGUGAACUCCACCAAGUGGCAGUACUACGGCACGCCUCAGGUGGGCGGCUCUCUGGAGAUGACCUGGAACACGUCCCUGGUCCGAGCCCGCGGGGUCAACGUGGAGCUGUGGGGCUACAGGGAGACGGGAAAGCCGUAUUCGGACCGCUGGCGCGCCGAGUGGAAGUUUCUCUACUCCCUCGCCGAGGACGCGGCAAACAACGGCAGCUUCGCUUUCGUGCCUCAACCUUCUGCCGAUUUCUCCAGCUGGGAGGUCGGAGCGCUCCGGGUCAGCUCCAGUACGAACCCGCGCGGCUUGUGGAACGUGGAAGCGGCGUGGAGCGAGGACCACGCCUUGGCCUGGCACCUGGAGCGCAAGUUCCGUAACGACUCUGGGGCUUGGGCUCUGGGCAAAUGUUUGGCGUGGGACCGGCUGGAAAACGACCUGCCCGACUUCCUGGACGAGAUCGUCGACUGCCCCUGCACGCUGGCGCAGGCCCGAGCCGACACGGGGAGAUUCCACACGGAUUACGGCUGCGAUAUCGAGAGAGGGAGCGUGUGCACGUACCAUCCGGGCAGUGUUCACUGCGUGAGGGCCAUCCAAGCCAGUCCGAGGUACGCGGCCGGCCAGCAGUGUUGCUACGACGGCAGCGGCGUUCAGGUCCUGACGGCGGACUCCGUCGGCGGCAGCACCCCGGACCGGGCCCACGACUGGGGCUCGCCCCCGUACGGGAGGCCCCCUCGGGUGCCGGGUCAGUCGCACUGGCUCUACGACGUCCUCAGCUUCUACUACUGCUGCCUUUGGUCCGAUAACUGUCGCUACUACUUCAAACGCAGACCGUCCAGCGACUGCCGGCGAUACCGGCCUCCGAGCUCAGCUGUGGUGUUUGGAGACCCGCACUUCAUAACCUUCGAUGGCGUGCGCUACUCCUUCAACGGCAAAGGGGAGUACAAUUUGUUGACGUGUCCCGGGAAGCGUCUGACGAUCCAAGGCCGAACCGAGCCGGUCGACGGAAAUGCCACCAAGCUGACGUCCGUGGCCAUGAAAGAGGCGUCGUCCGACGUCAUCGAGGUGCGACUUGUCGCCGGCGAUGACGGCCUGCAGGUGCUGCGAAAUCAAAAGCAACUUCUCUUCAAUGAGCAGAGCUGGAUGGACCUCGAUGGCGUGUUUGUGUUUUCCCCUUCGGCGCCCAACGUGACGGUGAUGUUCCCCAGCGGCGCCGGCGUGGAGGUGCGUCUCCGGGACGGCACCGUGACGGCGACGGUGCUCCUGCCGGAAGAAUUCCACAACGCCACGCGGGGUCUGUUGGGCAACGCCAACGGCGUGGCCGGCGACGACCUGGUGCCCGCCCGCGCCGGCAGCAACGCCACGCGGGGUCUGUUGGGCAACGCCAACGGCGUGGCCGGCGACGACCUGGUGCCCGCCCGCGCCGGCAGCAACGCCGAGGACGUUUUCAACUUCGGGGCCAGCUGGGCCGUUUCCAACGAAUCCGCCUUGUUCACGUACGAUUCCAAAUACCUUUUGGACACAUAUUACAACUCUCCGAGACACGACCCCGAUUUUAUUCCGGCAUUUUCCGUCCCGGAGAAUCCCGACGACCCGCUCUACGAUGUCGCUUCGGACGUUUGCUCCGGGGCCGGCUCUCAGUUCUGUAGGUAUGACAUUUUGGUGGGUCGUAGUCCGGAUCUGGGAAAGGCCACCAAAGUCUCUUUCCAGAGUCACGCUUCUCUUGUGGAGGACUUAAAGCCUGUGGUGUCCUGCGGUCGGCUGGCCCCGCCGACCGACGGCAGGAAGGAGGGCACCGCCUACCUGCAGGGUUCCACGGUGCGACUGCUGUGCGACGACGGCUUCGCGGCGGAAGGGCCGACCGAGCGCACCUGCCUGGCGGACGGCACGUGGUCGGGAGGCGACACCGUCUGCGUCCCUUACGCUCCGAGUAACAAAGCGGCCGUUAUCGCCGGUUCGGUGGUCGGAGUUCUACUAGCCGCUGCACUAAUAACAGCAGGGCUUGUGUUCUGGGCCAAAAAACGUAAAAGGUCCAGCAGACUGUCAAGAGACUUGAGUUCAUCUUUUGGCAGAGUUGAAUUCACAGAUGAAUAGCCCCAUACUUAUGUACUAGUACGCUCGUUGUCCUCACUUGUCACACCAUUUAGAGCACUAGUACAAUGACUGUAUCAUACGAGUAACGUUUUCCAACACUCGUGCCACUUUCGGCCUACUUUGCGUAAACAAGCAUGCGGGAACCGACCGCUGUAAAUUGAAGUGCUGCCUCCGCCAGUGAAAAAUACAAUGGAGCAUUGUAUUCUGCUGAUGUUGACUUUACAACUGUGAAAAUAAAUGG